AGACCAGGAAGUAGCCUGAAUGUUUGACUGUGUGCAAUGUGCAGUGACUGGGGCACAACACAAAUUCCCAUUGAAGUUUGCUGUAUAGUCAGGACAGUAACAGGACACUGACAGGCUGGAAUUCCUCUUUAAGCUCAUCUACUGAUUUGGAUAGAACUAGCUCCUGCAUAUCAUGCAGGUCUUCAAGGAUCAUGAUUUUAUGGCUGAGUUCCUGCAAAGGUGGAAGAAACUUCAGAUUUUAUGGCAAACCAAAAGCACUGCUAAUAAAAAAUAAAGAAGCCAGGAAGGAAGAACUGGAGAGCCUGCUUGAAUUUGUAAAGACCCAGAUCCCCACAGCAACAACCAAGGAUGUGAAUACCAAAAUUGGGACCAUUAGGGGCACAUAUCGGACUGAGCGGAAUAAGGUCCUGAAAUCCAUGAGGUCAGGAGUAGCUGCAGAUCAAAUUUAUAAGCCUAGUCUGUGGUACUACAGUCAGUUAAGCUUCCUUGAUGAUCAUCUGGAAGCAAGGGAAUCUCUUUCAAUCCUUCUCCCCAGACGUAGCUCCAGUCUUUCCUGCAGCCAAGCUCAGCCUUCUUUGGAUGAACAACCUGAGUUCCUGGAGGAGCAUGAUUUCACCAUAUGGAGCCAGGCAGAGCAUAGCAAGGAUGAGGGGGGAGAAAUGAGAGCCAGGAGGUGGCAGGCCCCAAUGGCACACAGGAGGUGGCAAGCCCCAGUGGCACACAGGAGGUGGCCAGGCCUAACACCAGUUCCCAGAUACCUCCCCUCUGCAUUCCACAAAAAAGGGGCAGGAGGCUUAGGCAGAUGGACGAGGAAACCCAUGCCCUAAUUAGGGAGUCUACUGCGGCCCUCAGAGAGCCCCCCACCGCUGCAGAGGCAUUUGCUGCAAUUAUUGGAGAAAAACUACCAAGAAUGGACAUGGGCCAACGUCUCCGUAGCGAAACCCUAAUUUCGAAGGUUAUCAACAUGGGCUUGAUGGGGAAGCUUACUGACUACACGGACCUUGCGGAGGUCGCCCCUCCUGCUCCUCCUCCUCCUGCCACAAGCUCUCCUCCAGGGACACAGCCUCCGAAGACGCGGUUAACAAAGGCUGCAGAGAAGGCUACAAAGAA